UUGUAGGACUUCUAAGCCAUCUAAACCAUCCCUUACUAAGCCAUCUAACUUCAGAAAGUAACAUUAAAGUUCCAUACUCAUCAAGUUCAUCAGUCAGUAUUUUAAACAAUCUGCUCUGAAAUGGUCUGGCUCGAAUAGAAUUUACAAUUUUUAGAACUUUCGCCACAUGUUCAUAAUGCAACACUUUUUGUACAUUAAUGCCUGUUGAUAAUCGAUGCAGUGAUAAUGAAAAAAUUUGGAAACUCAGCAUCAUUCUUACAUAAUGUGAUGAAGCCAACACUAGAACUAAUCGUGGCAGAUGCUCCGUCGGUUGAUAUGGACACAAGUUUUUGAACUGCAGCUUAAUUUCUUUAAUGUAGUUUUUAAUAACUUGGUAUAUGUUCUUUCCACGUGUAUUUUCUUGUAGUGCCAAAACUGAGAUUAUAUCUUUUUUUUUUUUUUUUUACCGAGAGAUCGUUAAAGAUAAUCCUUAUAAAAAUAUUUGUUUCGGCAAUAUUAUAGAUGUCUGUUGAUUCAUCACAUCGUAAAUUUAAAACAAUGCAUUUUUCUAAAUCUUUUUUUCUUUGUAAUUUGAUAUUUUUAGACAUUGCUUCUAUUCUACGAGUGAUUGAAUUUCUUAAUAAUUGAACAUCUUCAAUAGCUGAAAUAAUUUCCUUCUUAUUUUUAAAUUCUUAAACCAAUGUUUCUGAUGCAGCGAGCAUUGUUUCUUUAAUUAUGUUGCCGUCGUCAAAGGGGUUUUCCCUUAAAAUAAAUCAAAUAUUUUUAUAGCUGGUUUUUAAAAUUUUAAAAACUAUUUUAUUUUUAAUAAAAGUGAUGAAUCUCAAUACGCGAGCCGCGACUCACAUUAAAACGAUACGCGAGCAACACGUUGCUCGCGAGCUACGGGUUGGGCACCGUGGCAUUAGAGGUUAGACAUGAUUAAAACAAGUACAAACAAUAAAAAUGUCUUGUUUCUUAACACUACACAUGCUUGCAACGUUCGGCAUUUAAUCGGGUACAUUAAAAAUACAUUUUAUCGCGUUAAUGUCAAGUGUCCAUUGCCAAACAUCCAAACACUACUACAUAAUUACAUAUUGCUUCUGUAAUUUAAAAUUCUAUCACGUGCUUUCUAUUGUGUUUGCAGUGAUUAAAAGCAUUCCGUUGAAAUUAAUGGUCACUUUGUUAUAAUAUUUACAGAGGGGGUCCGUAAGAAUUUUUGAUUUUUGAUGGGCUCUCUGAUGCCACAAAUAAAUGGCCGUACACAAGAACCGAUCCAGAAAUCUUUGAGGGAGUGAAGAACGGAAAGAAAGCUUUUAACUACCAGAAGGGAGUGCAUUUCCCCCUAAAUAUGUCCUUGGCUGUAGAUUUCACAAUAUAUUUUACGUUUAAAGUUGACUUAUAAUCAUCUUAUAACUUUAUCUUCAUCUUUCUUCGCCUUUUUUCUCCCGUUAAUCGACUUCGGUGACAUUCGUGACAGGAAGGUUGGAUGCAAUAAACAGGCAUUUUGAAUAAAGAAAUUUUAAUAAAUUAUUCAGUUACUACGUAUAGAAUGGAGUGAUUUUUGUAAUGUUUCGUUACUACAGCACGGGGCAUAAAGAAAGAUUCUCAAGAAUUAAUUAAUUAAAGCUAAUUAUAUCAUCCAUUCAAAUUCAGGGGUUACGUAAGUAUCAACAUAACGAUUUAUAUGAAAAAUUAAAUAUAAGAAAUAUUGUUUAAGCUUGAAAGGCCAUAAAAUGAGUCAGCAUCUAUAGAAAGGUAAAUAAACAUAAAAACAAAGAUGAAACAGCGAAUAAGCAGAUACAAAUGCACACACCGUAAAGUAGAAAGUAUGUAUUAGUGUAUAAUUAUCUGUACAAAGGUAUGUAAAUCAUAACAGUAACCUGUAUAUAUCAUUACUAGACGAGUCAGUAGCGUAACAAGAGAGGUCCUAGCUCCCUGGUUACGCUACUUACAUACAAUACAAUACUAUACUCUUCAUCUACAUAUUAUCUAUAUCAACACCGGUAGAAAGGUGAAUGUAGAUUUGCACGUUCUAAUUCGUGUCCCCUAGUACAGUACCUAUUGCAGUUACGCUACUGAUAUGGAUCAAUUGUUUAAUGAAGGGUGAAACAAAAAAAUACGGCAGAAAACUCAAUCGUGCUUCGUAUAUACAUAAAUACACACGUAAAGAUUACGCAUACGAAUAAUUUGUCUGUGAUUCUAAAUAAAAUUUCUGUAUGGAAACUUUCUAAAAUAAAAUAAUUGCCGGUUCAAUUCUUAUUGUUCUAUACUUCCAACACAUUUAACGGACGAAAAAAUACGAUAAUAAUAAGAAUUUUCGUGAAUUUUACUUUAAAAAUGCUUCAAAAUAAUAAUAAUAAAAAAAUAUAUACAAUAGUUAAUCCAAUAAUUAUAAUAAAGAACAAUACUUCGACAAUUAUCCCAUUGUAAUAAUUACUUUUAAAAAUUAGCAUCAGCACUGGAAAUCAUUCUAAUAUAUCAUAAGAUAAAAAUAUAUAUAUAAUUUUUAACAAUGAGAGAACUGAUAAAUUACCAUAAAUUACGAGACAAUAAUAGUAAUAAAAGUCCAUCUGUCGCUUACUCCUCUCGUCAAGGAAACAAUAGAACACAUGAUUAUGUUUUAUAGAUAAAAAUGAACUGUAACUUCGUGAACGACUUCCUUUCGAAAUCUUACAAGAAACUUGGAACCUAUAUCGCUCGAAAUCCAAAAAUAUUUAUCAUCGUUCCAUUAAUAGCCAGUGCCUUAAUGACUUCGGGUUUCUAUCGAGUCUGGUACGAGCAAGACUUUAAAUACUUGUACAACCCCAUCAAGAGCGAAUCUCUGAUUGCCAAAGAUCUGAUCAACGAAAAAUUUCGCAUGAACUACAGCAUGGAUUUCGACUUGGGUAGAAUGCCAGACUUCAAUAACCUCGUGGUAGUUAUCAUGACAGCAAACGACGGAGGUUCCGUCCUACGCGAGUAUUAUUACGACAAAGUCAUGACAAUGGACAGAAUUAUUCGAGACAUAAAAUUAGUGAAGGGUAACGAAACGUGGACCUUCAAAGACCUGUGCGCCAAGUAUGGCAAGUCCUGCUUCCGAAACGAGAUCCUAGUCCAUGGCGAUCAUAUAGUGAAGAUCCACGAAGGUUACAGGAUAAUCAAAUACCCCAUUUCGUCAUCUAAAUACACAAUCAUCCCGUACGUCGUUAAUCUGGGCGGUGUGAUUGUGGACGAAUACGAUUAUGUCACUUCCGCCGAAGCGGUUCGCUUGCUUUACGUCAUGGAUUCCACGGACACGAAGAAGAGACAAUUAAGUAUGGAAUGGGAAGAUUUGUUCUUAAAAGCAAUGGAAAAUUUGAGUUUCGAUAACGUGACCAUUUAUAAAUUUUCUUCCAAAGCGGUUAAACAAGAAUUUACGAACACAGUCAUGGCUGCCAUACCGUUAUACAUAAUGCUGAUUAUUGUUAUGCUAGUGUUUUCUUUUGUCACCUGCUGCACUUUUGAUUGGGUGGUGAGCAAGCCUUGGAUGGGAUUUGUGGGAAUAAUAUCUGUUGUUUUGGCUCUCGGAAGUGGCUUUGGCUUUGUUAUAUUUUGUGGAGUACCAUUCAUCGAUAUCUCUCUCACGGUGCCAUUUAUGUUGUUGGGGAUAGGUAUAGACGAUACAUUUGUCAUGUUAUCAGCAUGGAGGCAUACCGAAUCCAAGAAGAGUGUCGAAGAAAGAUUAGGAGAAGCUUACGCUGAAUCUGCAGUUUCCAUAACCGUUACGUCAUUAACGAACUUCAUUUGCGUUUGCAUAGGAAUGGUAACACCAUUCCCAGCCAUACGGAUAUUUUGUAUGUUUGCUGCAGCAUCGAUUUUAUUAUCGUACAUAUAUCAGUUGACAUUUUUUGGUAGUUGGCUCGCAUUAUAUGGUUACGCCGAGAAGAAUAAUCGCCACGGAUUGUUCUUCUUCAAAAUUAAACAAAACUUUGAAGAAAGGCCAAGAUCUAUCAUCAAGAAGUAUCUGUGCUACGGUGGUCAGUCGUCAUCUUCAAACUCCACUUCACCGUUCGUAUACUUCUUCACAGUUUUGGGAAGACUCAUGGAGCAUACCAGUGUAAAAAUCUUCAUCAUCAUCAUUUUUAGUGUUUACUUAGCGGUCGGUAUGUAUUUUAGCACGAAAUUAGAAGAGGGUGUCAACUUUCAAAUGUUCUUCCCCUUCGAUUCUUUCAUAGCGAAAUUUUUCGAAGCCGACACUAAGUACUUCAGCAAAUAUAAGAGUAGAGUACAGGUAAUUGUCAACACGCCACUGAACUAUGCUGACGUCGAAGUGCAGAACAGAAUAGAAGGCAUGUUAAGGGAGAUAGAAUCUACUCCCUUCAUCACUAGUAAUAUCUACACGGAGAGCUGGCUUCGAGAAUUUAAAAAGUAUCAAAGCGAUUUUACUGCAUCGUACUUUUUACGUGCAUACAAUUUAAGUUCAGAAAAUGAUUUCAACAGAGCUCUUCGGGAAGUUUUCUUCCAGAUUCCUGAAUGCAGAAAAUUAAAAAGCGACGUCGUUUUCAAUGAAAACGGGACGAAGAUCGUUGCUUCCAGAUAUUUGAUACAGAGCAACAUAACAAGCACCAUCGAAGAAGAAAAACAAAUGCUUCUAGAUCUCAGAAGAAUUGGGGAAAAGCACCCAUACGAAGUUCACUUUUUGCAAUAUAUGUUCAUGUUCUUGGAUCAGUUCCUUCUGGUCGGUAGCGUAACAUUCCAAGCCAUAACCAUAACAGCAGUAACAAUGAUUAUAAUAUUCGCUUUGUUCAUACCAAACAUCACGUGUGUUAUUUUAGCCGCAUUUAUAAUAGCCACAGUAGAAAUUACCGUUAUUGGUUACAUGACACUUUGGAAUGUUAAAAUGGAUACGGUGGCCAUGUUAAAUUUAAUCAUUUGCAUUGGAUUUUCCGUAGAUUACACGGCUCACCUAUCCUACACCUACGUACUUUGUAAAAAGAAGAAUAGAAAAAAUUUAAUUAAGUUAACUUUGAAACAUAUAGGAAUGCCCAUUUUCCAAGGGAGCGCAUCCACCAUUUUAAGUGUCGUCCCUCUGAUUUUUGCUCCGGCUUAUAUAUUUCAUUGUUUUUUCAAAAUAGUAUUUAUGAUCAUCAUGUUUGCAACAUUAAAUUCCCUCUUUUUGUUACCAGUAUUAUUAUCUUUCGCAGAAAAAUUGGCAGGAAUGAUAAAGAAGAGGGAAAAGACUAGGACAGAAUCCAGAAGGAGAAUGCUUUCUUCUUUCAGAUCGUCGAUCAAACAGGCAAACGACGACGACGACAAUGGUGAUAAUCAUCAAAGCAGCCAUAGAAUAGUGUUCAAAGAUAACUCUAUCUCCCCAGGCGGAAAGGCUCUUUAAUUAUAUCACAGAGCCUUUUGUCUUCUAGUUGAAAUGUGAAUAUAACGUAAAUUAAUAACGUAAUUACACAACGGUUCAUCUAACAAUGGUUUCAUUUAUCUUAUAAAUGUCUCAAUAAUUUAAAAAUAAAAAAAUAUAUUAUAAA